CUGGAGGUACUUGGUGUGUUACUGUUUUGGAAGAACAAGUGAUGUGUACGGGAAAUGUGAUAUUUAAAAUCCGAUUAUUUGAAGUCGAUAAAAGGUUUUGAAAGCUGUAUCUUAAGUCCAUAAUGUUUGGUUUCAGAAACUCACCGUUUGAUGAAGAUAUAGAGAAAGCUACUCAUGAAAACAAUGUCUCUGAAGAUUGGUCUUUGAUCAUGCAUAUAUGUGAUAAAACAGUGAAUUAUCAAGAUGGAGCAAAGUAUUGCUUAAAAUCCAUUAUCAAGAGAUUGCACCAUAAUGUACCCCGUGUUGUAAUACAGACUCUGACAUUACUUGAUGCUUGUGUGAAAAACUGUGAUAGACAAUUUUUACUUCAAGUUGCUUCCAGUGAAUUUACAGCAGAAGUUCGAAAACUUCUUGCUAAGAUGCACCCAUCUGCUGCUACAAAGCUGAAACUUUUAUUACAGAAAUGGUCGCUUGAAGAAUUUAAAGAUGAUCCAGAACUCUGCAUCAUUCCAUCUUUGUAUUAUAAACUUAAGAGUGAAGGAGUUGAAUUCCCACCUAUGGAAAAAGAAGAAAAAGUUGCAGCACCUCUCUGUACUGAUCCCAAUGCUGUAAGCAGCCAAGAAGAAGAAAAUGAUAUAAUUAAAGCUAUAGAAAUAUCAUUAAAGGAUACAGGAAGGUAUGAUAUCGCUUCAGAAACUGGAAUUUCAAAUCAUUCGACCGAAACUGCAAAGUGUGUAGAGCCUUUCAAAGUCCGAGCACUUUAUGAUUUUGAUGCAGCUGAAGAUAAUGAGCUUACUAUCAAAACUGGUGAAAUUGUCUUAGUAUUAGAUAACAGCAAUUCUAAUUGGUGGAAAGGCUCUAAUCAUAGAGGAGAAGGACUUUUUCCUGCAAAUUUUGUUACUGAAGACUUAGAUUUUGACCCAAAAAUUAUAGUUGAAACUACAACAGAGGAAGAGAAGCCAGCUGAUAUUGAUGUAGAAGUCAAAAUAGAUGAGGAGAAAAUUGAAAAGGUCCUGAAUUGGCUGACUGAUGUUGAUCCAACUGAAGAAAUUCCUGAUCCUGAAGAUAUGCUGUUACUUGAAAAGGAGUGUUACAAAAUGGCACCAUUAAUCGAAGAGAAUCUUCAGGCUGUUGACAAUCGUCUAGCUAUGUUAAAUGCUGUUGAUGAAAAAAUAAGUGCUGCUAUUGAGUUAUUUCACACUUUAUCUAAUCAGGAUGCUCUUAAAUAUUCUGCUGGUGAAAAUUAUUCUAAUAGAACUGUACAUUUUCCUCAACCUCAGAUUUCUCAACCCUCUGCAACCAUGUAUUCUAAUAUUCAGGCUGUGCCUUCUCAGAUGUAUAUACCUGCACCAUCAGUUAUACAGUAUGCAAAAACAGUUUCGGAUGAGAACAAUAAGUCAAUGUUUUCAGCCCAAACAGCAUUAUUACAGUCUCAAAUGCAGACACCUCAAAAUUGUAUUCCUGUUUCAUCUGUGCAAGUUACUGAAACUAGUCACUCAAUACCAACUUCAGAUACUUCUACAAAGCUUUCAUCUAAUCAAAAUAUACCAACCAGUACAGUUUUAAACUCCUCAAAUCCUGUGGGUGGUUACUACAUGCCUUCUGGAAUGCCAUAUCACAUGCCAUUACCUAAUUUUCAAUCUCAAGGUUAUAUGCCACCAGGUUCUACAUUUCCAAAUUUUAUGCCCAUUCCAUACCCUGUACCACCUGUGGGGCCUUAUUUUCCUUAUCCAUACUGUUAUGUAAACAGUAGUACUCCAUCUGCUCAAAGUACUGCUUGCACUGCUUCUGUGCCAUUUCCACAAGUUAGUGAAAAUUCUCAUGCAUCAUCAAAUUCUGCAGCAUGUUCAGAAGAAACUGCUUCAUGUUCAGCACUUCAGGCGCCAAAUUAUUCAAGUGAUUUGCAACAACUUCUUAUGACAAGUAAUGCUAAUGACCAAAAUGAAAUUACAUCAGCUAAUGCUAAUACAAAAGCUGCUGGGGAUGUCAAAGCAUCUGAAGAAGUGCUUAAAACUGAACAAAUGUAAAUAAAUAUUCUGUCCUUGCAAAUAAACAGUUAAUUGACAAUGAAAAUAUAUUUUUCAGUUUUGUGCUGUGAACUAGUAUUUAUAUUUUAUAAGUUUAAAUGUAAGUAGUUACCUCUACCUGAAUUUAUGUCAUUCAGUAAAAAGUAAGCAAAUUGUAAAAAAUGUGAGCUUUUAUUAAUUUUGCAUCAUAUUUAUUAAUUUUUAUAGGAUGAAACAAAUAUUUUUAAUUUCUGUGAUGGGUUUAUGAUUAGUAUGUUUUAUAAAGCAACAUAAUUUUACAUUUUUGAAAAAACUAAUGACAUGGGAUUGAAGUAUUUCCAUUAUUAAUGUCCUAAUUUAAUAUGAAAAAGUUUUGUUUUUCAUGUUUGUAAUACUUUUUAUCUUUAUUACAAGUUUUGAUUUUUAUUGAAUGAAUCAUUUAAAAUAUAUUUAAUUAAAAGUUUUCACUUUAUUCUGAGUAGUUGUAGUGUUUUAAUCUAUUUAAAAUUAUAAUCAGGAUUAUGUUUGCAAUUUAAUGAAGCAACAAAAAGGAAUGCUGUUAUUCUGAAUAGGUAUGCUUAAAAACAUUCCACAACAUAUUUGCUUUAUUAAAAAAUUUAUUUAACAUCUACAAUAGUCAUUUUAUCUGCAUAUAAAUAUUUGAAUAGUAAAAAAAAAUUUUAUAUAAAGGUUUUCAUUGUAUAUAUAACAUAUGCAUAAAAUUGUACAAAAUGUUCUUGUAUCUCUUAAUUUGAGAAUUGUCCUGAACUGUAAUUUUAGUUACUUUUUAGUAUAAUUUGUUAUGUGUCAAGUGAAAUAUUUCUGCUUUUAUGCAACCAAAAUUCCUUUCAAAAAUAGUUUUUUAAAAUGUUGAAUGUUUGAAAUUUUAAAUUGUAAAUAUUGUACAUGAGAUAUGUAUUUAUUGUGCCUUUUGUCUAUUGUAACUAGAUUGUGAAGUACUGUUGGUUUUACUAUUACUUGUUACUAAUUUUUAAAACAUAUUGCUCAAAAAAGAGAAUAUAUGUGUAGCUUGCCAAAAUUUCUUUCAUAUGUUAAAAUUUAUUGUAUUUUAUGUCAAUAUUAUUCUUUUAAUGAUUUUGAAAUGUAACUAAUGAUGACAUUGUGUAGUUUAUUAAAUUCCUAUAAUUUUCUGAGAGAUAAUUUGUAUUAAUAAUAGACAGUAUUACUAGACUUUUAAAGUAUUUUUAACUGAAAAAUAUAAAAGUAAAAAUUGUUUUAUCAUUUGAAUUUUUUUAUCAAAGUUGAAAUCUUUGGUAAAUAUUUUUAAAAUUAUGUGACAUUCAUAUGGAUACUUUUACUACUGCUUUGAAAUUAUGUUGUCAGAAAAUUAACAGCCAAAGGCUAAAGCAGUAUUUCUUUGAGGAUAUUGUAUUAUGACUGAAAUAUUUUUAAGAAAGCAUAGAAUUUCACAUACAUAGAAACCAAAUGUUUAGUUUUUAGUUACAUAAAUUUUCUAAACUGUGUCAUCUAUUUUAUUAUAUGUUGUCUAGUACUUUAGUUUUGGUUUAUUUGAACAUGAAAAAGCACUCAAGGGAUGACUUCGCAGAGGACCGAACUACCAAUUUUCAGCGACUUUACCGCUCGGCCGCUGGUAGUUCCUAGUACUGUAGAGAAACAUCUCUUUAUAUUGUGGAUAUCUUGAGGUUUAUAUGAUGUAGCAUCUCUGGAAACCUAUGUAUGCAGCAUUUAUGUUAUGUUGUAAAGAACAUCCAUACUUCUGUAGACCAAUCAGGAAUUCAUCUGGGUUAGGUAUGCUAGGUGAAUGUUUGACACAAUAUUCAGUUACAUAGUAUUAAAGAAAAUACAGCUUUAUGUUCCAUUGUAUUGUCUACAAGCUGAAGCUGUAAUUAUUGUUGUUAUUAUACUGUCAGAAGUUUCUAUGCUAUUAUAUUGUCACCUGUUAUAAAAAGUUUUUGGAAAGGAAAGAAAGAAAUUUUAAAAGAAUCAAAUUCUGUGUGUUAAAAAGUUCAGAUUUGACCACUUAAUUGUAGUUAUCUGUAUUUUUUAUAUGCUGGUUAAUUUCAAAUUCUCUUUAAAAGCAGAAUAUGAGUUGGUAUUUCUUUUUUUUAACCUGAGAAUUCAAGAGAAGAGGAGUUUCAUCCUAUCCCUUUUACUUAAAAUAAGAUUUCCAAAAUUUAGUGCCAUUUCUGGGCAGCCAGACAGUGAAAGGCGAGAAAACUGAUUUACAGUUAUUUUGAGCAUGCGUAUCUUAUCAGUUCAUCUUAAAUAGGUUUUAUUAAUGCAGUCAAUGAAUAUAUCUAUUCUUUGAUUGAGAUAUGUAGCCUUAAAUUUUCUUUCAUUAAUUGCUCUGUGUUCAGACUUUGUCUUUCUUUCAUAGCAAACAUUUGCAACUAGGUUUUACAUUUAUGUGGGUAUAGUUAAUGGUAUUAUAUUACAUAUAUAAAACGUUACCAGUCAUGUUGAAAGCAUAGUUCUUGUUGAAAAAAAGAAUAGCUGUUGAUAGUAGUACUUUACAGCAUUACAAAAUAGUCCCAGUAAUUUAUAUUCAAAUACUCCCAAAGCUGCAGUUAAUUUGAUUUAGUUGUAUUUAUUGUUGUACCUGUGCCAGUGGGGGGGGGAAUCAGCUGUUUUACUUAGUUGACUAUAUUCCAAAUAAGGAGUAACUAAUAAAAAAAUUGAUAGUCUUUUUCGGUAUCUUUUAUAGUAAUUGAUAUUUAUUGUUAUAAUUUAAUUCCAUAUUAAAAGUUUUAUUCUUAUAAAUUAUUAGCUGUGAAUAAAAAGUGUAUAUUGAUAUUUAAAUUUUAUGAAGCAAUUAAAUAAAAUUGUAAUAUUCUGCUAUCAUCAUAUUUAAUUAAUGAUAACUUUAUACAUUUGUUUCUUAGGAAUGUAUAGUUAAACCUUCUUAGCAUGUCACCCAAUCAAGAGUUCACUCCUAGUAAAUCUUGGAGAGGAUAUGUUGAGAAAACUGUGUUUUUUUCCUUAAAAUGACAGUAAAAAAAUACUCUCGAUAUCAGAUAAAGAGUUAAAUUAAUUGAAGAAUAUGAAGGACAUAGAAUGCCCAAGGUAGCAUUUACCAAAAUACCAAACAGCCUUAAAUAAUUUUCUUACAUUUGAAAAAAAAAAAAAAAAAAAAAAAAAAAAAAAAAAGCUUUUUUUUGGGGGGGAGGGGGAGGAGGCUUGCUACAUUUAAAUGCUUACAUGCAACACAUAGAGAGUAAAGAAAAAAAAAUUAUUCAAAAACUGAAGCCAUGCUUCUUAAGUUCUCAGCAAUUCUAGAGUCAAAAUAUGUGCAUACAUCAGGAGCUGUCUUAAACGAAAAAAAUUUGGAAACUAAUAUUUGCUUAAACAGUUUAAAGAGAAUUGGAAUGUCUUAAAUGUUUGUAAAGAAUUAAUAUCCAUGGUUAUUACAUAGAAAAAUGAGAAAAUUAUGUUUUGAAAGAUGUUUCACAUAUAUAUCAACCUUCAAAAAUUAUAAAUUAAAUGAAAUAUAAUUAAAUUUUCAUUUUAUACCAGAUGGCAUUAUUUUUACAUUUCAAAAUGUGCUGCAGGGCCCCAGAACAGAGAGAUCCAACAACUAUGCUCUUGAAACCAACUCCCUAAGGUUUAAGCAGGACUGAAGCCUCAUCAUUUAUAAAUAUUUGACACGAAGGUCUGUUACAUGUAUACUCUAGAACACAUUUUCAUUUUUGUUCUAGUGGCUUUCAAAGAAUUCAACACAAAAUUUCAAAAUAAGAAG